CUGUCUCUGUCAAUUAUUUUCACACAUUCAUUUUAGACCUUCAGAGGAGGACAUCGACAACCACAAACAAGGAAAAACAUGAGAAUGAUGGACAGAACUGCCCUUCUGACACUCUGCUGCCUGUUGCUGCCGGCAACAUCCUCCCCGAUCUAUCCAUCACUGAGGUUUGGUCAGAGAGCGGCUGCAAUACUGAUGACCUCCUCCAUUGAUGAUCCAAUGCAGCUGCAGACAGACACUUCCUCUCAUACACCAGAUGCUGAGUUCAGGUCUGGAAGACAUGCUGAUGCCAUCUUUACCAACAGCUACCGAAAAGUUCUCGGUCAAAUAUCUGCAAGAAAAUUCCUUCAGACUGUCAUGGGCAAAAGACUUGGACCAGAAAAUAAAAUUGUAAAACGCCAGCCUGGCGUAUAUGGAGACACCUACAAGCAAGAAAUGGAUAUGGACGUCAUUCAGAGGGAACAAAGUUACAGAGAGCCACAAACAGUUAAAAACAAAACACUGAGAUUUGCAGCAUUUCACAGUUGAUUACUAGAACUCAAUUCACCAUUCUGGCAGUUCCAGACAGCACACUGACACCAAACAGCAAGUGUUUGGAAGGUCUACCACAGGAAUAAUAAAAAAUAAAAAAUCAGUAUAUGUUCAACUCCAUCUACGUCUUACACAUAUGGUGGUAUGUGGUACAACUGACCAUUCGCUAAACCCUGCCUUAAAAUUAUGACCAAUCCUACCUUAGCAACC